CAUUUGGCACUUUGAUAUUUUAUACUCUGACUUUGAUUUGGCAGAAGUUUAUUAAAAAUGUCAUUGCUGUGAAUGAUAAUAAAAACUCUGUGAUAAAACUGUUCAUUUGCUGUUCAUGAUUAAUUUCAUAUUGAUUAAAUAUUUUAGUAAAAUACUUUCAACUUUUCAAGAUGUCUCAAAAUAUUAAAAUACUACCUGGAGCGACUGUGUGCGAAGACUGCACAUUGGAAGGAGAUAUAACUAUCGGCGGUGGUACAGUCAUUCACCCAAGAGUUACUAUCAUAGCUGAAGGUGGCCCCAUUAUAAUUGCUGAAUAUUGCAUCUUAGAAGAAUACUCUACAAUAAUUCAUAAGAAAAGUGACAAACAAGAGAACCCACCAAAACCAUUGUUCAUUGGGGCUCAUAAUGUAUUUGAAGUAGGAUGUAAACUAGAGUCACCGUUUGGUCACAUCGGAGAGAGUAAUGUCUUUGAAUGCAGAUCAUUUGUUGGUGUUAAUGUUAAAAUUGGAAGUGGAUGUGUUAUUGGGGCAGCCUGUCAAUUAACAGUACCGCAAACCUUAGCAGACAACACAGUGAUAUGGGGUUCAGAACAUCAUAACAGAGAAGCUUUAGAAAAACAACCUUCACAACUUCUACAACUAGACUUCCUAAGUAAAGUAAUGCCUAAUUAUCACAGACUAAGGAAACCAAAUGUUCAUAAACGUCUGCCCUCAAGACAAUCUCAGGAAAUGUCAAAAUAGUAUUUUUAUCCUUCCUCUAUUUAUUUAAUAUUUUUGUACAAUUCAGUUUACCAUGUUUAUAUUAUUUUAAGUGAUUGUAUGUACUUUAAGUUUAAUGUACAUUUUGUAUGAUUUUAUAAUAAGAAAUGUUACUUUUAACAUCUUUGAAUUAGUUAUUCUAAAAAAUAUUCUAAAUUUAUCCUAAUAUCUUAACAUAUAGCUAGCUUAACAUUUUUCUGUUACACUGCAAAUACUGUUAUAUAUAAGUAUAUAAUAUAUUAAUGUCAUAAAAAUAAAA